CAGGCCGGCAAACUACUGCAACACUAUGGAUACUGGAGAUUCUCCCUUCCGGAAGAAACGGAGACCAUGGCGCAUGGACUUCUCAUCCUUUGCCUUGGUAACCGUGGUGCUUGCUGUGUGCCAAACGACCGUGGUUCGUGCAGACCCAGUGGAUGUGUUGAGGGCUCUGCAGGUUCACUCUCUCCCUGAGGGCGUGAAGAAAGUCCCUGGAUUUUGCACCUCCCGUCGCUCUAGCAGCCCUGAUCAUGCUUACCGCAUCACCAAGAAGGCCCAGAUCUCUGCCCCCACCAAGCAGCUCUUCUCAGGUCGAUUCCCGGAGAACUUCUCCAUCAUGGCCCUGGUUAAGGCCCAUGCUGGUCUCCAGGCAUUCCUCCUCUCCAUCUACAGUGAGCAGGGCAUCCAACAGCUAGGAAUCGAAAUGGGACGCUCACCUGUUUUCCUGUACGAAGACCAGAAUGGCAAGCCUGCCCCUGAGGACUACCCACUGUUCAGAGGCAUCAACCUGGCUGAUGGCAAGUGGCAUCGCAUCGCUUUCUCUGUUUCAAAGAAAAAUGUGACACUGCUGUUGGACUGCAAAAAGAAGAUGACCCGCCCCCUGCCCCGUGGCAACAACGCUGAAGUCGACACCAAUGGCAUCACAGUGUUCGGAGCCCGUCUGCUUGAUGAGGAGGUUUUCCAAGGAGACAUCCAGCAACUGCUGAUUGCCUCAAACCCACAGGCUGCUUAUGACUUCUGUGAACACUACAGCCCUGACUGUGAUUCCCCUCUGCCAAAGACCCAGGCUCAGGACCCCAACACAUACUACUUUGAUGAGGAGCAGGAUGACCAUGAAUACCCCUAUUAUUAUGAGGAAACAACAGGCGUUCCCUCCUCCUCUGCACACCCCUCUCCCCAACCUGAGGCCCCCAGUCAACAGGAUGUAGACACUGAAUAUUCCGAGGCUGGCCACACCCCUACAGAGACUGAUUAUUACUAUGAGGAGAUGGCUCCACUGCCAGAGGGUGAGGUGAUUGGACAUGAAGAGACCCCUGUACAGCCUCAGGUGGAGCCAUCAUUGGUGGGAGAGGAGGUAGAUGCCACCAAGACAGGCAGUGUGGGCGAGGACGUCUUCACAGAGGAGUAUGUGACUGGGGACGUGGGCCUUAGGGAAUACGACUAUUCCUACAGGGACUACAAUGAGCCCUUAGUGGAGACUGGAGAGGUCGAUGCCAACAUGGGCCCCGCCCUGUCCGCUGUGACAGAUGAGGGAGGCGCUGCUGUCAGAGGCCAGAAAGGAGAGAAAGGAGAACCUGCUGUCCUGGAGCCUGGUAUGCUGAUUGAAGGUCCUCCAGGGCCUGAGGGACCUGCUGGUCCAACUGGUCCCCCUGGCCCCUCUGGACCUCCUGGCUCGGUUGGUGAUCCAGGGGAGAGGGGUCCACCUGGUAGGGCUGGUCUGCCUGGAGCGGAUGGGGUUCCUGGGCCUCCUGGAAGUUCUGUUAUGCUGCCUUUCCGUUUUGGACAGAGUGGAGGAGAUAAGGGUCCUGUAGUUUCUGCACAGGAGGCCCAGGCAGCAGCCAUCUUGUCUCAGGCUAGGAUGGCUCUGAAGGGACCACCUGGCCCAAUGGGAUUCACUGGGCGCCCUGGACCUCUGGGAAGUCCAGGAAGCCCUGGUCUAAAGGGAGAAAGUGGAGACCCUGGUCCUCAGGGUCCCAGGGGGUCCCAGGGUUUGAUGGGACCUCCAGGAAAAGCAGGAAGAAGAGGCCGUGCUGGAGCUGAUGGUGCCAGGGGAAUGCCAGGGGAGUCAGGAACUAAGGGUGACCGUGGAUUUGACGGCCUUCCUGGAUUACCCGGGGACAAAGGACACAGGGGUGAUUCAGGACCAAUGGGACCUCAAGGGUCUCCAGGAGAGGAUGGAGAGAGGGGAGACGAUGGAGACGUUGGACCCAGGGGUCUCCCAGGUGAACCAGGACCCCGUGGUUUGUUGGGACCCAAAGGUCCUCCUGGAAUCCCCGGACCUCCUGGUGUUCGAGGAAAUGAUGGGCCCCACGGUCCCAAAGGAAACCUGGGUCCUCAGGGAGAGCCAGGACCCCCUGGUCAGCAGGGAACCCCAGGAACUCAGGGAAUGCCAGGACCUCAGGGACCACAUGGACCCCCAGGAGAGAAAGGUCCCACAGGAAAACCAGGUCUACCAGGAAUGCCUGGAGCUGAUGGCCCUCCUGGGCACCCAGGAAAGGAAGGGCCUUCUGGCACCAAAGGAAACCAGGGUCCCAAUGGUCCUCAGGGAGCUAUCGGCUAUCCUGGGCCUCGUGGCAUCAAGGGAGCUCAAGGUAUCCGUGGACUGAAGGGCCACAAGGGAGAGAAGGGAGAAGAUGGUUUCCCUGGAAUAAAGGGAGAUUUUGGAUCAAAGGGAGAGAGGGGUGAGAUUGGAGUCCCAGGGCCCAGAGGAGAGGAUGGUCCAGAGGGGCCAAAGGGUCGUGUUGGACCUCCUGGUGAGAUUGGACCACUUGGAUUAGUCGGAGAGAAGGGUAAACUUGGUGUGCCUGGACUUCCUGGAUAUCCUGGAAGACAAGGACCAAAGGGAUCUCUUGGAUUCCCAGGAUUCCCUGGCUCAAAUGGCGAGAAAGGAACAAGGGGUCUUAGUGGCAAAGCAGGCCCAAGAGGACAAAGAGGACCAACGGGCCCCAGAGGACAAAGAGGACCGAGGGGCUCUACUGGAAAACCAGGAGCAAAGGGAACUUCAGGAAGUGAUGGCCCUCCUGGUCCUCCCGGAGAGAGGGGAUUGCCAGGGCCUCAGGGAGCCAACGGUUUCCCAGGACCAAAAGGACCCCCUGGACCCCCAGGAAAAGACGGGCUGCCUGGACAUCCUGGGCAGAGAGGAGAAGUGGGUUUCCAAGGUAAAAUGGGUCCACCUGGGCCUCCUGGAGUUGUUGGACCUCAGGGUCCUGCAGGAGAGACCGGCCCCAUGGGUGAGCGUGGCCAUCCCGGACCCCCAGGCCCCCCUGGAGAGCAGGGACUUUCUGGUCCCUCAGGAAAGGAGGGUACCAAAGGAGAUCCUGGACCCCCUGGAGGCCCUGGUAAAGAUGGUCCACCAGGACUGAGAGGCUUCCCUGGAGAGAGAGGACUUCCAGGAACCCCUGGAGGUGGAGGAUUGAAGGGAAGUGAAGGACCUGCUGGACCCCCUGGACCUGCUGGAUCCCCGGGUGAGAGGGGUCUAGCUGGUACUGCUGGACCUGUUGGACCUCCUGGUAGACCAGGCCCUCAGGGACCUCCUGGACCUGCUGGGGAGAAGGGAGUUCCUGGUGAGAAAGGCCCUAUUGGCCCGGCAGGUCGGGAUGGAGUGCAGGGUCCUGUGGGUCUGCCUGGCCCAGCUGGAUCACCUGGAGUACCAGGAGAGGAUGGAGAUAAGGGUGAGGUUGGAGAGCAUGGUCAGAAGGGUGCCAAGGGAGCAAAGGGAGAGCAUGGUCCUCCUGGUCCACCUGGGCCAAUGGGUCCUGUUGGUCAGCCUGGUCCUGCUGGUGCUGAUGGAGAGCUUGGACCGAGGGGCCAGCAGGGACCUUUUGGAGCAAAAGGUGAUGAAGGAACCAGAGGAUUCCCAGGAGCUCCAGGACCCAUUGGACUGCAGGGACUGCCAGGACCAUCAGGUGAGAAGGGAGAGCCUGGAGAUGUCGGACCCCUGGGUCCACCUGGUCCUCCUGGCCCCCGUGGCCCUGCUGGACCCAACGGUGCUGAUGGUCCACAAGGUCCACCUGGUGGUUUGGGUAAUCCUGGACCUCUUGGAGAGAAGGGAGAGCCUGGUGAGCCGGGACCACCUGGAAUCGGAGGGGAGCCAGGAAAGAAGGGACCUCGUGGAGAGCGGGGAGAGAAAGGGGAAGCUGGACAACCUGGAACUGGGGGACCUCCUGGAGGCCGAGGACGACCUGGAGAUGACGGACCUAAAGGAAACCCUGGACCUGUUGGUUUCCCUGGUGAUCCUGGCCCCCCUGGUGAGGUUGGACCUAGAGGUCAAGAUGGUGCCAAAGGAGAAAGAGGAGAAGAUGGCGAACCAGGAGAAUCUGGCUCCCCUGGACCUCCUGGUGAGAACGGACCUACCGGCCCCCCAGGAAAGAGGGGUCCUGCUGGAACAAGAGGACCAGAGGGACGUCAAGGAGAGAAGGGAACAAAGGGAGACCCAGGAGCUGUUGGCCCACCAGGAAAAACUGGCCCUGUUGGCCCCCAGGGUGUACCAGGAAAACCAGGAACAGAAGGUCUCAGAGGACUCCCAGGAUCAGUGGGUGAGCAAGGAUCUCCAGGACCUGCUGGGCAGAAAGGACCACCUGGACCCAUCGGACCUUCUGGUUUGCCUGGCUUGCGCGGAGACCCCGGUUCCAAGGGAGAGAAAGGACACCCAGGUCUCAUCGGUCUUAUUGGACCCCCAGGAGAGCAGGGAGAGAAGGGAGACAGAGGUUUGCCUGGCCCUCAGGGAUCCACCGGACCAAAAGGAGAGACUGGAAUGGCUGGAGGCACUGGACCCAUUGGCCCUGCUGGUCCUCCUGGUCUGCCAGGUCCUCAAGGUGUUAAAGGAGCCAAGGGUUCAGCUGGAGGAGCUGGUCCAAAGGGAGAAAAGGGUGUGCCAGGACCUCCUGGACUCCCUGGCCCACCAGGUGAAGUCAUUCAGCCCCUGCCCAUCCAGAGAAGUCCCAAGUCCAAGCGUUCAAUUGACGCAAGCCAGAUCGUCCCAGAGAGCGACCCAGACAUGCCUGCAUCUGAUGCCACUGGCACUGAGUUCCUGAUGGGCAGUGAAGGCAUGGAGGAGAUCUUCGGCUCUCUAAACUCACUUCGACAGGAGAUUGAGAUGAUGCGUUUCCCUCUGGGUACCCUGGACAGCCCUGCUCGCACCUGCCAAGACCUGCACCUCAGCCAGCCAGACCUCAAAGACGGAGAGUACUGGAUCGACCCCAACCAGGGCUGCUCCAGAGAUGCUUUCAAGGUUUUCUGUAACUUCACCAAUGGAGCAGAGACAUGCUUAUACCCCAGCAACAGCAUCAGUACGGUAAAGAUGAGCUCCUGGAACAAAGAAACUCCAGGAUCCUGGUACAGUCAGUUUGCCACUGGUAGCAAAUUCUCAUACGUGGACUCCAACGGUGAGCCCGUGGGCGUGGUCCAGCUUGGCUUCCUGCGUCUCCUGAGCAUCCAGGCCCGCCAGAACCUCACCUACCACUGCCAUCGCUCAGUGGCCUGGGCCGACCAAAGUGCCAAGAACAACUACAACAGAGCGCUCCACCUCCAGGGCGCCAACGAGGAGGAUCUAAGCUACGAGACCAACCCUUACAUCAAGGCCUUGGUCGAUGGCUGCUCUUAUCGUAAGGGCUUCGACAGGACAGUCCUGGAGAUCAACACACCACAGGUGGAGCAUCUUCCUCUGAGGGAUAUCAAGGUGUCAGACUUUGGGGAGAGCAACCAGCAGUUUGGUUUUGAAGUGGGACCUGUCUGUUUCCAAGGCUAAAAACACAUCCUGAGCGGAAAAACACCACAAACACACAAACAUAAACAUACAUGCACUUAGACACACAUUUAUGAAAAAAAACACAUACAUGCCCAGUAAUUUGUAAAUUAACUUGUAAAUGAUAUGAAAACACACACACAAACACACACACACACACUGACAUAUGCAGAUGAGGUUGUGAGACGAACACGCGCUCACUCUCAAGUACGUGCCUGGGAAAAGCUACAUCCUCCUAACAUUAAUGGAUGUCAAAGAAAAGAGGAGAGAAAUAAAAACUCACAGAGAAGGAGACCAUCGUUUGGGUGCACCACCACGAGAAAGGAAACACAAGGCCAGGAUAGAGUGUUUUUAUGAAUGAAACUGUGUUUUCUUUACCAGCAGCCAAAGGCGCCGGCCUGAGACAAAGAGCCAGCCUGCAACUCGAGACCUGAAGCCCCAUGUCUCCGAUCCCCCCUCUCACUCCUCUCUCCUCCCCACCAUAUCUCCCUUUUUUAUCCACUCAUCUUACUUGCUCUACCUCCUGUCUCCUCCUUUCUGAAAAGGGUCACGCUUGGACAACACUUCCAUUUCUUUCUUCCUAAGUUCACACUGUGAGCAGCGUGGUUGACAGUCACUCUUUACGGCUGAUGACAGUCGCAACAUACAAGGCCGUCUGCAUCCAUGAUGCUUGAAAAGUUAGUCAGUUUGUCUUGGUUCACUGCUUUGGCAUUAAAGUCAGUCAAGUAGAUAAGUUCUUGAGAACUGAAAGUUUUGAAUCAGCUUUUUGUCUAUUUUGCACUUGUAAGCCAGCACUCCUACUCAAGCCAGUAGAAGCCAAACUGGGUAGAAAAUGACAGCUAGUGGUUCAAGUGUUCAGCUAAAAUCUUCUGUAAGGACUGAGUCAUCUGGCUGUAUAUUUCUGUGAGAAAUGAAUGAACACCCGGUGGCUUGUCUAUCAUGUUGCUCACAUUGAAAACACAUUGCUACUCUCAGCUCUUUCCUUACUGUAUAAAUAGGAACCAAAGAAAUAAAAGCCACCAGUUUUCACUUAGAAUUAAGAAGGAACUGACCAAAUGAUACCUUGCUUGUUAGGUUGAUCUGUUUUAGGUUUUGUUAAAGCAACUUUUCUCUGUGAUUAUCUUUCUUUUUCAUGAAAACAGCCUAAAAAUGUGAUUCACAGCUCACAGCAAUGGUUGAAAUCUUACUGGUGUGAUGCAGCAAGGAUUAUAGAGUCCACUAAGAAGCAAGAGUUAUUCCUUGUUAGACAGAAUAAUGUUUUUUUUCCGCUGACACCAGAAGAAACUUGUUAAUAUUGGACAGAGCUUGCAGUGAUGCAAAGUGAAAGAUUUGUGGAAUCCAAGGAGGGUAAAUUGAAAAGCCAUUAUUUUUGUAAACUGUGCUACGCCUGAUGCUGUUACUUGUGCCUUUUAAACAAUUUAUUCUUAUUUAAAAACAAGAAUUAAGCUUUAUGGGUCCCUAUCUCCCACCAGUCCAGUAUUUCAUGAGUCACUUUCUAGGAGCUAUGAUGACUUUUUAAUCCAAAACACAUUUUCUGAUUUUGCGACAAAGGAGAGAAACUUGUCAGGGUUAUUAUUGGGUUUAAAAGUUCACAGCCAAAAAUAAAAUGCAUGAUUUACUGAAAGAAACUGUGUGGCAAGGUGCUAAUUAUACCAAAGCUUUUAAGUCUUAGUAUUCACUUUCAGUCCUUCCUUCAUCCUCUUUAGUCUCUUUUACAAUUUCAUGAAGCGUUUUCUGGGGAAAAUGUGCAUUACAUUCAGUUUGUACAGAAAUAGUGAUAUUCUAAUGUAUUUAUUUAAAACAAACAGGGUGCUAUGAGAUUGAAAAAUAAGACCACCAAAUAUUCCAGUCAAAUGUGGUAUAUUUCAUUUGUAUUUAUUUCCUGUAGCUGACACUCAAGUGGUCAAGUGAAGCGAGUGACUUACAUGUUUAACUGCCUGCCAACCUGAGCUAUGGUGCUUCUUUUCAUGCCCUGUCCAAACCCGUUUGUAGGACCAAAGAAUCUGUGGCCAUAUUUUAUUGUAAUAUCCCUUUUUAGUGUUUUCAUCAACUGUACUGUGCUGUUAAAUUUUGCUUCCACUGUAAUAAUUAAAUGGUGACUCUCCAGCUCUGUCAUACUUCCUUGUCGUUGCUACUGUCUAUGUUGGAUUUUACUCUCACCUCUUGGUCAGCUGGACUUUUAAAAUGCAUCAGAGAAAUGCAGUUUACUAAAUCAGUGUUUGGAUUUCUCCAAUUUCAGGUGGUAAAAAUACUGAGAGUCAAUCCUCUUUAACAUUUCUUUCUGUUAUUUAAGUGGGUAGGAGAAAAUCUGUGAGAGGGUGGGGACAACUCUGUCAGCAACCAUGUGUGGCCAUAAAAUGACUUACAAGGGCUUAAUUUGUUUUUUGUUUGUCCUUUUUAAUUUAGCACGGAAACUGGGCAGGAUGGCCAGGACCUUAAAAUUAAUAGAUCUGACCUCAAGAUUCUCCAGAAAGAAUGACAUUUAAAUCUUUUGUUCUGAUGACAAACAUGAAAAAUAUGGUGCUGAAAAGAGUAAAAAGUAUUAUUUUAUAAUGUGUGUAAGUAAUUUUUUAAAAAUUCUUGUUUCUGUAAUAUAUAAUCUUUUUAAAAAGAGCUGCUUGACUCUUGUUUUUCUUCCUAACAUCUGUCAUCCAUAGUCUUUGUAACUACAGUUGGCUAAAGGGUGUUUC